AUGCCUCCCGCCUCGUUCCCCCUCGUCGUCAUCCUCAUCCUCUCGGCGGCCUUCCUCGCUGCCCCCACGUCGGAGACCGUGUACGACAUCCUCCGGUACUACCGUUUCCCGCCAGGGCUGGUCCCGCGGGGCGUGGUGACUAGGUUUAGGCUGAACUCUAACACGGGGCAGUUCGCGCUGUACCUGAACAAGACGUGCAGUUUCACGGCGUACGGAUACGACGUCCGAUUCCAAACCCAAAUCAGGGGCGUGAUAAGAGAUGAGGAAAUCGAGGGUCUUCGCGGCGUGCAGGUGAGGAUGAUGAACUUUUGGUCGGAUUUGGUGGAGGUGGAGGUCGUGGAAGACGGGGAAGAAGUCGAAUUCUCCAACGGCUUCGCGGCCGUUGAUAUGCCGGUUUACAAUUUCUUCAACAUACCCAUGUGCGGCUGUGGCUUCGACUGUCGCCGUUCCUUCGCCGGAACUUAA